AUGGAAUGUCCACACGUCCACUUGGACGACCUCAGACCUCCCAGACCUAAUCAGAGCGUGUACCGGGAGGACUGCACCCAGUGUUUCGACUCUAUAGACGAUGACUCUGGGCUUGACGUCUGCCUACACUGCUUUAAUGGCGGCUGCGCUGGGGAAAGAAAUCAUUCUCUAUUGCACUAUUCAUCCACCGGCCAUCCUCUAGCACUGAAUAUCAAGCGGGAUCGAAAACAAGUCCAACGAGAUGAGCCUCCGCCUAAGCUUACCAAACUUGCGAUUACCGCCGAGACCGAGGAGGACAAAUAUGAGACAACUACAAGAGUCAAGUGCUAUGCAUGCCAAUCACAAGAUGUGGACAAAGCAUCCGGUAAACUCCCGGCUGUCGUGGAUGGAGUCAUGAAAGCCAUGACCUUUGCCAAACAAGAAGAAGUCAAGGCAUGGGAACAAGAGUUUGUACCCUGCGAACACACACUUUGCCUCGAGCAGCAGCCUGGCAGACGAAUUGAAUCUCAGCAUCUGGGAUCAUGUUCCAGGUGCGAUUUGAAAGAGAACCUCUGGCUCUGCUUAGAUUGUGGCAAUCUGGGAUGUGGACGAGCCCAGCUUGGUGGUGCGGAUGGCAACUCUCACGGCCUCGGGCAUGCUACAGAGAGCGGCCACGCAGUCGCCGUCAAGCUCGGUUCUAUAACUUCUGAAGGCCAUGCCGACGUAUACUGCUACAAAUGCAACGAGGAACGAAUCGAUCCAGAACUGGCCAAACAUCUUGCUCACUGGGGCAUAAAUGUCACCGAACGGGAGAAGACCGAGAAGAGCCUCAUGGAGAUGCAAGUGGAGCAAAAUCUGAAAUGGGACUUCUCCAUGACCACGGAGGAUGGCAAGGAACUGUCCCCCCUGUUUGGACCAGGCUUUACUGGCCUCAAAAACAUCGGCAAUAGCUGUUAUUUGGCCAGCACUGUCCAGUGCCUAUUCUCACUUCCAGAGUUUCAACAGCGUUACUACCGCCCCGGCCUCCCUCCGCCCAGCGCCCACUCUCCCGCCGAAGAUAUUGAGACACAACUACAAAAGCUCGCCGAUGGCAUUCUAUCUGGUCGGUAUUCGAGUCCAGAGAGCAACGUCCAUGCUUCUCCCGACAAUGCUGAGGUGCCCCACCAGAAAGGUCUCUCCCCUGCCAUGUUCAAACACCUCAUUGGUCGAGGACACGAAGAAUUCUCGACGAUGAGACAACAAGAUGCCUUUGAGUUGCUCCUUCAUCUGUUCAAACUCAUCAGUGUCUCCAACAAUGCCAAUCCUGCCAACGACCCAGUACAGUCAUUCCGUUUCGCUCUUGAGCAGCGUCUACAAUGCCUAGAAUGCAAACGUGUACGGUAUCGAACAGACGAACAGGAGAACAUCUCGAUCCCGGUCCCAGUUCGCAGAAAGCAAUUGUCCAACAGUGAUGGAGGGCCAUCAGAUUCAGCAAAGGGAUCCGAGUUUGAACCGGUCUCGCUCAAAGAGUGUCUUGACAUCUUCACCGCACCGGGAACAGUUGAGUUGACUUGUCCAGCUUGUGGCUCCAAAGCUGGGUUCUCGAAGUCUUCUAAAUUUAAAACCUUCCCUCAGAACCUAGUGAUCAACCCCCUUCGGUUUGAGAUCAUCAAUUGGGUACCAACUAAGCUCGACAUACCUGUCGAAGUAUCCGAUGAAGUCUUUGACAUAAGUAGUUACAAGUCCCAAGGAUUACAGUCGGAUGAAGUGGAAUUGCCUGAAGACGCGGUUGUGGGAGGCUCUGACACGACAUCAGCCGCCUUCGUUCCGAAUGAGGCAGCUCUCAGCCAGCUUGAAUCCAUGGGGUUCCCUCGUGUCCGAGGUGAAAAGGCACUCCACGCAACCGGUAAUGCAGAUGCAGAAGCGGCCAUGAACUGGUUGUUCGCGCAUAUGGAAGACCCUGACAUUGACGAGCCAUUGAAUCUUGGUGGUGGCCCGCCGGGUGGUUCUGGCGACGAUGCGGACAAGAUUAGUCAAUUGGGAGACAUGGGGAUUAGCGCACCACAAGCUCGCAAAGCCUUACGAGAAUGCAACGGCGAUGUUAACCGAGCGCUGGACUGGGUUUUCAGUCAUCCGGAUGAUCAAGGAGAUUUUGGUGAAAACACCGUCUCAGGUCCAGCUCAACCGAAGCCUCUUCCAGGGAGCGAGCAACUACCUGCAAACUUUGAGCUUCAGAGCAUCGUGUGUCACAAAGGAGCAAGUAUUCAUGCUGGCCAUUAUGUUGCAUUCAUCCGGAAACAGAUCCCCGGUGAAAGCAAGGAGAGACAGUGGGUGUUGUUUAACGACGAGAAAGUGGUCAAGGCGGUUGACGUGGACGAGAUGAAGAAGUUUGCAUACAUCUACUUCUUCCGCAUGGUGUGA